CGGUCAUACACUUCUGUCUUACCUAGUCACAUUGAUUGGCACCUUAAUUUCAAGCCAGCGUUAAACGCCACAGGAUUUCAGCUUUUCUUUGAAAACUUAUUGAGUGGCCCGAAUAUAGAAUGAUUUCCGGCCAUAUUUGAUCAGCUAUACAGAUACCUCGAGCUCCUGGGCGAGCAGAAUUUGUUCGCUACUGAAACUGAGCAGUUCAGAAACACCGUCAAUCUCUUCCCGCAGUGGAGACCUUCACCUUGACGACGCUGCUUCUCUACCUAUACAAGAUACUCUGAUGUAUCACUGUAAACAUAAGUCAGCAUAUCCUACAAACGUAUUAUGAUACCUUGUCGUGCACAUUCAAGUGUUCUGGGACAUUGUUUUCAAACACGGUCUAAGGAAAGGGACACUAAGCGAAUCUCGCUUACAUCUCGUUUUCGAGGCCUUUUCACAACUUCAUACUUGUCACUGAAGUGGCCCUCGAGCGACAACGAUUUACUGUGCAAACAGCAUCUAAGACAUAUGACCUUCAACUCUGGUGUAUCGAGCAAAAUCUAUCGGUAAACCUGGUAAUGUAUCUUCGUGGAAGAAUAGUUGUUGUGGAAUGGGCAGAAGCCGUACCACAAAGUUGCGACUUAUCAUCGAGUCCAAUAACUACUCUGAACAGCUUCGCUCCUCUGUAUAAGACGGCACAGGGGCGUAUUAUGUGCCUCUCCCCGAAAUGGUCUUCAUCUCGACCCAAUGGCGCAAGAGGACGGCGCAACUACACAGCCACGAAUCAACCGAGCUUCAACUCCACGCCUUACCGAGAUUUGUUUCUCUAAUCUUGAUCAGCACCAAUAUCCCUAUUGACCGCAAGUGAUUUUAAGAUAUGGUGCACGGCUGGUCGACCAUGUACAAUAUGUUCCUUGAUGAUUCACUUCGGUUGCACAGAGACAGGAACCAAAAAAAAUAACCCGGUGGAAUUUACAAAGGAGCUCUCGUGCCAGGAGAAAUUUCUGAUUCUCUUCACAAGAGAAAGCAUUGGCGAAAAUCUCCAAGGAAAAUCCACUUCGCCCUAUAAAAAUUCGGACAUCGUAUCCGCUGUCGGAGACACCAAUAAGUAACAAACGAAAGGCAAAUAGGCAAGGAACAAGAGCUUAAUGCCUCGUUUCCCCCCCAUCAGAAGCACGACAAAACCAAAUUGCACCCGUGCGGCAGACUUCCACUCCACCCAACAGCUCAAAAGGGCGCCGGAGCACGCCGGGUCUAUCGUGACUCGUGACAAGACACUGGGACCAAAGCAGACUCGACAAAGCGCAGAAACAUCACUAAAGGACCAAAAGACGCUGGGAGUGGCCGCCGCGGGCGAUGAUAAGAGCGCAAUCGAUGAUAGGGCAGAGGCAUCCAAAAGACAGCGGAAGGCGAGCCGCGGGGUUGUUUUCUCACAAUGCUAUUUGAUCUCGCACACCUAUCGCAUGCGCUCCCCGCUCAUCGGUACCAGCCGCCUCGGUGGGCUCCCACCCAAGCGACGUUCAUUCGCGAUGUCUGUCUACGUGAAGUGCUUUUUUUCUUUGUUUCGCCGCAUCUGUGUGGACGGAGGCUGGUGGAGCCUAAGCUUUGGCUGCGACUAGAAUGGCCGGCUGGGGCUUGGGAAUGUUUGGUUUGCGGCGAUCGAGAUAAGGAAGGCAGAGAUUGGGAUAACGGAGAAGAACUAUAUAUGAUCUCGUCGUGCUGGCAAUUCGAUGCUGGUCUUGGGCGAUAUCACCACAUCAUCACAUUGGCAACCAUCAUCCUCAGCCGGUUGGAUAUCAGCCGAUUGGAUUUCUGCGUCUCAUUCCUUUCCAGCAAAGGUCCACCUUUCGAGCCAAGUCUUAAUCAGGUUCCACUCAACCCUAAAAAGUUCAACACCACGAUUUGUUUCCUUUCUCCGGUACCAGACACCACCAGAAAGUAGUGUAAACGUCACUGCAAUGGCUUACACAGCGAACGACGGGCCUCAGGACCUCCCUGACAGAAUUGGUGAGGAGUCUUCUCCCCAGCGAUCUAUCGGGCAGCAUGUCUCGCACAUUACCAAGGCAUUUACGACAAAACAGGGUUUGAUUGGAACAUAUGAUUAUGCCUUCCUUUUCAAGCCCAAUUUGCCAUUCAUGAAGAAACCCACCCGUCGAGCUCCUUUCUUCGGACUUCAGGAUAGCAUGCCAGUUGUUCUGGCGCUCUUGCUUGGGUUCCAGCACGCUUUGGCGAUGCUGGCUGGUGUUAUAACUCCUCCGAUCAUUAUUUCCAGCUCUGCAAACUUCACUGCAGCUACGACUCAGUAUUUGAUUUCCACAUCUUUGAUUGUAUGCGGUAUCCUGUCUUCGAUCCAGAUUACCAGAUUCCACAUCUACAAAACUCCUUACUAUAUCGGCACUGGUUUGAUCUCUGUUGUCGGUACCAGUUUUGCCAUCAUUCCUAUCGCAACCAAUGGCCUCGCGCAGAUGUAUACGAAUGGUAUGUGCCCAACUGCAGCUGAUGGCACAAAACUCCCAUGCCCGGAAGGUUACGGUGCAAUCCUCGGGACGGCAUCUCUGUGCGCCUUGCUCGAGAUUGGACUUUCUUUCAUGAGUCCAAACUUGCUCAAAAAGCUCUUCCCACCAAUAGUCACAGGUCCAACUGUCAUGCUUAUUGGUGUAAACUUGAUUGAGAGCGGCUUCAAGGGAUGGGCUGGCGGCUCUGGAGCCUGCUAUGGUCGUCCUGAAACUGGACCUUUCAUGCUCUGCCCUUCUAACUCUGCCCCCAACGCGCUGCCUUGGGGCUCUGCUGAGUUCAUUGGACUUGGUUUCUCCGUUUUCGUUACCAUCAUCCUUUGCGAACGCUUCGGGUCGCCAAUCAUGAAGUCCUUGAGUGUUGUCGUUGGUCUUUUGGUUGGUUGCAUCAUCGCAGCUUCCACUGGUUACUUCUCCAAGUCUGGCAUCAACGCAGCACCAGUUGCAUCGUUCAUCUGGGUGAAAACAUUCCCUCUUUCUGUGUAUGGGCCCAUGAUACUGCCUCUAAUGGCUGUGUAUCUCAUCCUCAUGAUGGAAGCCAUUGGUGACAUUACCGCCACCUGCGAUGUAUCCCGUCUCCAAGUCGAAGGAAAGCUUUUUGAUUCCCGUAUCCAGGGUGGCGUCCUUGCCGAUGGCCUUAACGGAAUGUUGGCUGGUCUCUGCACUAUCACUCCCAUGUCAACCUUCGCCCAGAACAACGGUGUCAUUGCCUUGACGCGAUGCGCUAACCGAAAAGCCGGAUACGCCUGCUGCUUCUUCCUCAUCGUUAUGGGUGUUUUCUCUAAGUUCGCCGCGGCUCUUACUUCGAUUCCAGCAUCAGUCCUUGGUGGAAUGACUACCUUCCUUUUCUCCAGCGUGGCAGUGUCAGGUAUGCGCAUCGUGUCCACCGUUCCUUUCACGCGACGCACACGUUUCAUCCUCACUGCCGCUCUGUCCCUCGGAUUCGGUGCCAUUCUGGUACCAAACUGGUUCUCGUAUGUGUUCACUUAUGAGGGGAAUAACAAGGCCAAGAAGGGAUUCUUCGAUGCCAUUGCCUUGGUCAUGGAGACUGGUUUCGCGCUCACGGCUUUCGUUGCCCUAGCUUUGAAUCUUUCCUUGCCGGAUGAGGAUGCAGGAGAGGAGACAGAAAGCCUCGCUGGUGAUGAGCAACGGAGUGAUGAUGAGGUCAACAGUGCCGAAAGUCAGACAUACACUGGCAAGCAGGCUGAGGGAAGCGCAGGGCCCGGUAGAGCUAGUGGAAGUGCUGCUGACGAGGCAAAGCUAUGAUUGACGAAUCGAAGCCACAAGUAUAUAUUUGACUUAUGAAUUUGGAAUUGUGAAGUGAGUCGAAGAAACGUUAUACCACUAUCACUAGAAAUCAAUGUGAAUGUUUUGUCGUGCUUAGAAGACAAUCCCCUACGGCACUCGAGUAACCAGUGAACUUCCCUCACCCAGGCCACGUACACCUCAAGAGCAUUCUCUGGCACUCCUUCGCAAACCCACUUGAAGUUAUGGCUGUGCCGUCGGAAUUGGAAAAUCAAAUUUUCAAACCAUCAGGUAGGAUUAGACAAUCUAAAGCUCCAAACUUAUAUGAGGGAACAUGAGCUUUGGAAAUUGACAGCCCAUGGCGGUGCCUCACAGCGUACCUAGACAGCAAACAAACACUCUCAGGAAGAGUUGCUGUCCUUGAAGAGUGACAAACAAAAGGCUCGAUCGGAAUGGGUAUGGCGAGGGGCAAGGGGGAGACAUGAGUUUUUGAGAACUUCUA